AUGUGGUUGAAUCAAGGUUUAGAAUGUGCUGUGGAGAUGGAGUUAAAUUAUUCCAAGUUAUAUGGCAAUAACCUUGACUAUGAGAGCCAAGAACAACAGAAACUGAUUCUGAAGGAUCUCUGUACUUCAACAAUUCAUUUUUCAGAGACCAGCUGUAAGAAUGCCUCUUCCUUUUCAGUGGCCCUCUUGGCAAUUGUCUGGGCCUUUAACACCAGUGGAAUUCUGCUCAGUUUUUUCUUAAUUGUCUUCACAAUUCGCUUCAGAAAAAAUAGGAUUGUGAAAAUGUCUAGUCCAAACUUGAAUGUUGUGACUCUCCUGGGGAGUGGCUUGACUUACGGUACUGUAUAUCUCUUUGGGAUUGAAAAACAGAAUCCUUUGAGCAGACCAUCCUUAGAGAUGCUGAUUCAAGUGAGAAUUUGUAUAUUAUACAUAAGUGGUUCCUUUGCUUUGGGCCCUGUCCUGGGAAAGAGUUGGCGUUUAUACAGAGUAUUCACUCAAAAGGUUCCAGACAAAAGAGUGAUUAUCAAAGAUUUUCAGCUGCUGGUGAUGUUAUCACUGUUAGUUCUGGCUGAUAUUAUCCUGCUCUUAAUAUGGAUCUCCUUGGACCCAGUCCAGUGUCUCCAAAAUCUUAAUGUAGAUGUGAAGGUCAUUGACAAAGGCUUGAACUGCAUAUUGAGAUAUGGAUACAUCUGUAAAUCUCUCUAUUCUGAAUUUUGGUUUAUUCUUCUUCUGGGAUUUAAGGGAAUCCUACUGAUGUAUGGAAUUUAUCUUGCGGGUCUAACAGAUAAUCUCAGUUGCCCGCCAAUUAACCAGUCCCUGACACUCAUAAGUGCGGUAGCCAUUAUUUUCCUCUUUAUUGGAAUUAUGCUGGUGGUCAAUAAUUUUUUCUACUUGUGGCACAAUCUGGUGUAUGGAUUAACUUCAGGAGGAAUCUUUGUCUGUAUGACUGCAAUAAAUUGUUUGAUCUUUAUCCCACAGAUCAGACAGUGGAAGACUUUUGAAAAACAAGAAAUUGAUACCAGCAACAUGGCCAAAUAUUUUACAGGUUCCAACAAAAAUUUCCACUCUACAAUGUAUAGUGAUGAAGAGAUAUACCAGCUGCUUGGGGAAAAAAAUACCAUGAUACAGCAGCUUGCAGAGAAAGAUACAGCAAUUGCAAAUCUUCAAGAGCAAAUGAACAGAGUUAAGGAGAAGUUGAUGAAACUGGUGGCUAUAGAGGAUAACCACAGUGUUGCUGGUUCUCCAUUACUUUCAACCUCCUUUUUAUUGCCUUCUCACUCGACAGCUAAUUUUUCUUCAAUGGCAACAGAAAAUCUACCCUUUUCACUUAGCCAGGAGCUGAAACCAUGGCAGAAUUCUAAGCUCUCAAAUUCACAAUAUGUAGCAGGAUUAGUUACUGAAAAAAGGUCUAUGGAUGACUCAGAACAUACAGAUCAAGAUAACAUAUCAUUAGACAUUACUGCUAAGCGCAAACUAGUGAAUAAGAAGCAUUCAGGUGCUAAGUAUAAUGAAGAGCAUUGGUUUUCCCAAUCCAGCACUUUAGAUACUAGAGAGAGGCUACAUGAACACAGUUUCAGCACAUUGAGCAAAGGAGCAAGGCAACCACAUUUUUCAGCACUGAAGCAAAAGCAAAGCCCCGAAGUAAGUUCUGCGAGCAAAACAAAAUUUCAAGAAAACUUGCAGGAUCUGAGUGUGAAUCACAUUACUACAAUGCAGCCAUCUUCCAGGGGACCCAAGUACAAUUAUGAAAGGAGAAUGAGGUUGCAACCAAAGGAGAUUCAGAAGAAAGUCCCCUUCAACUUUUCUGGUUCCAUGGCCUCCAGUAUUCAGUGUGGUGUGAAUAAAUCAGCCAACAGAAUGCAAAGAAUGAGCAGAUUAAUAGAAUAUCCUUGGUUAGCACCAAGAAGCACCAUGGAUGGAGAUUAUUUGCAUCAGCCUCCACCUUUGCAAUCAUUGGUGCUCAAGAACCCACUUGAAACUAAGCCUGACAGUGGGUUUCAAUCAUUGUACAAUCAAGGCUCUGGCUUGCUGCUAGACAAUCAUCCGGUAGGGAACUGUGCAUCUACAUUUUAUCCCACAAACUUGAGGAAUGUUCAUUAUCCGCAGAAAGAUUUUCUGACAAGAGCUAUUCCAGGCCUGCCUCCCUUCCAGCAUUUUUACUUUGAUUCUGGCAGCAGUUCUUCCGAGGAGAGAACCUAUUGCCAUCAAACACAGGCUUGUGAAGUUUGUCAUUGCAGUCUCUCUUCUUCUUCUAGUGACAGCUGCAUGAUUGACACAGAUCCUGAAUAUAGUAUGUUAGAUUAUACAAAACUUUACAGCAAAACUAAACAAAUUGUGAAUUUCAAUGAAGAUUUGGAAUCCACUUACGUAUAAAAAUAAAAUUUGAAUUUACCAUACAUUUCUGUUUUUGGAGUAAAUGAGAAUAUCCUCAAAAGCAUGGCUUCUCGUGUAAAUUGCUUGAGCCUAUAAAAAUUAGUCACAUAGAAGCUCAGUUAACAUCUAAAGAAUAAUACCAAUUUCAAUUGAUUUGUUAGACCUCUUCUAAAAAGUCCAGUAUCCAUCUAGCCACUCAUUCGUUUAUUGCUUUUUUGUAACACUUGUGCAAAAGGAAGAAAAGAUGUUAAUUACCAGAAAUCAGCAUGGUUUAUCAAGAACUCUUUCCUGACUAGUUAAGAGACAAGUAUCAAAUGAGUGUCCAUAAGGAAUAUUUCUAGAUCUACUUUUCAGUCUUUUGAUUAAAGAUUUGGAUGAAGGGGCAGUAUUAUUAUUAAAGUUGCAGAUACAAAAUUGAAAGGGAGAAUCAGUACCAUGGAAGACUGAAAUACAAUUCAAUAUUACCAGAUUUGAGAAAUACAUUGAAAGCAUCAAAAUGAAAUUUAACACAGGGAAGUGCAGUGUUCCUUACUUAGGAAACAAAAAUUUACGGACAGGUAAGGAAUAUAUAGUUUCAUUGUGAAAAGUAUCUUGGAGUAGUAAUGUCUUGUAAGCUGAAGAUGAAUCAUCAGUGUGAUAUGGCUAUAUAAAAUAAUUACAGGCUGAAGUCUAUAUUUAGCACUAUGGAAGACUGAUAUGGAGAUAGUGACGUGGUCCCUUUUUUCUCUACACACGUAUAACAUAUCUAUGUAGAAGGGAUUACUCAGCCAGUUGAGACCAUUUCUUUGUCAUUAUUUUUUACUUAGCAAGCUUUCCAAAUUGCGUUACAGAAUUAUAAAUUCUCUUACAUUUUUAGCUGUGUUGCUACUCGAACAAUUGAUAGUAAGAGUUCUCUAAUCUCACAUCUGCAUAACGGGAAAUAAUGAUGCAUCUACAUAUAUGUUUGGCAAAAAAUUAGUUAUGUGGGUACACAAGUUAAUUGGGAUACAUAAUCACACUAUCUCUAGGUGUUCUCUGCUAGGAAUCCUGUAUCCUUGGCAAUGGGUCAACUAUAUGAAUGAUGACCAAUGAGGUCAAAAGCCCCCAGAAGCUGAAUCUUGGCCUAGCCCUAAUGACCGAGAAAGAAAAGAAUUGUGCAUCUGCUAGCUCAAGGGAGUCCAUCCUCUGCUGUUUCUUUGGAGUUUCCGCCAAGCUGAAGGAACAUGGAUUGAUAUAUUCAUUAGAUUUUUUAAAAUUAUUUUUUAUUACAUAAUUCAAGGCAGCAAACAUUCUAUUUUCCUCACAACAAUCUUGUGACAUAGAUUGAGCUGAGGAAGAGCGACUGAUGCAGUCACCCAGCUGACUUUUCAUAUUAAGGUGGGAUUAGAAUUUAAGUAUUCUGGUUGCUACAUUAGCACCUUAACUACUACAUUUCCUUCAUAAUUGUAUUGUUUAUUUUUGUGUUUAACAAAAAUAAACUAUCCAUUUGAUAGAAAAUUUCUUUUGUUUAAAGGCAGUUUUUGCAUCUCAGAAAUACAAAUUGCUUGACUAUGAACUAGUAGAUGAUUUUCUCAAUGGGAAAUGCUCCAGUCAUAUGAAAAGCUUUUACAGAAUCAGUACU